AUGGGGACAGGGACGCAGAGUGCCAAAGUGAACAUGGAGGCUCCACCCAAAGAAGAUCGCAGAUCUAUGGACCCAUCCACCUCAUCCCCCAGCGAGGCCGUCCUCAUCUGUGGGAGUGAUGGUGUGGCUAAGAAAGUCCGGCCCCAGCCCCACACCACCACAGCGCUUCUUCUACCAGCUCCUGCUCCCAGCCAUCAGAAGGUGGAUGUGACUCCAGCUGUUGCCGUUGGAGACCCAGGGAAAGGAGGCAGAGCAAAUCAGACGGCCACACCCACCCUGACAGCACAGGUGGGUGGGGCUUGUAGCAUUGUCCAUGUCCUGGAGUGGAAGGAAGGGAUGGCCAUACUACCCAGCAGCAACCUCAAGUUCUGUGUGAGUGACGUGGGAACGCUGAGCACACUGAUCACCCCAGGGACCACCAGCAGCACCACUGAACCAGCAGCAGGGACUUCUGGGAGAUCCGCUGACGUAGAAGGUGCUCCAGCAGACAAGCCAGACGUGUCGGUUCCUGUCAGCUCUGUGAGAGGUGCCACUGUGGAGCCAGGCAGGCUGGUGACAGUCAAACCUGAAGUCCAGGUCGGACCAGGACAACAUAACCAUGAUCCCAGAGCCCAGAGGCCCUACACAGAGGACCUACGCAGAGAGCACAUCACUGACAGGAGGAGUGUCGGGGUGGAGAAGGUGCCAGCAGGUGGGAGGGUCUCUUCCCUCAACCCUGAUCACCUGAAACCCAUGAGGAAGAGGAAGAGGAAGGAGUACCUGAGUCCCUCUGAGGAAGACUCUGACAUCGAGGGCACGGAUGAAAAAAUGGAUGACUCUAAAGCAGACAGCAGACACAUCAGAGGAGCUGGAGACAGUAAGACAGAGCAGUGGACAUGGGCUCAAUAUCUGGAGGAAACAAAAGCCGUUGCUGCUUCCAACAAGCUUUUCCAAGAGUCUCAGAGGGUGCCAACAGUGAAGAACGGCUUUAAACAGGGGAUGAAGUUGGAAGGCAUCGACCCGCAGCAUCCAUCCAUGUACUUCGUCCUCACAGUGGCUGAGGUCUGUGGUUACCGGCUGCGGCUCCAUUUUGACGGCUACUCUGACUGCCAUGACUUCUGGGUGAAUGCCAACUCCCCUGACAUCCACCCUGCAGGCUGGUGUGAAAGCACAGGACACAAACUGCACACUCCCAAAGGCUGCAAAGAGGAGGAGUUUACCUGGACCAACUACCUGAGAAUGACUAAAGCACAAGUGGCUCCCAAAGAACUGUUUGCCAGUCCUGGGAGGAUUGAUGUGAAGUGCGGUUUCGAGAUAGGAAUGAAGCUGGAGGCUGUUGACCGUAUGAACCCCUCCCUCAUCUGUGUAGCAACUGUCACUGACAUGGUGGACGACCGCUUCCUGGUUCAUUUUGACAACUGGGAUGACACAUAUGACUACUGGUGUGAUGCCAGCAGUCCAUACAUUCAUCCUAUUGGUUGGUGCCAGGAGAGGAACCUGCCCCUAACACCACCCCAAGAUUACCCAGACCAGGGCCGGUUCUCCUGGUCUCACUACCUAGAAGAGACUGGUUCUAAGGCGGUGGCUGCAGAUGCCUUUAAAGUGCGUGUGGCCCACAGCUUCCAAACUCAGAUGAAACUGGAGGCUGUGGACAAGAGAAGUCCCGGCCUGAUCAGGGUGGCCACAGUGGAGGAGGUCGAGACUCACCGCAUUAAGGUUCAUUAUGAUGGCUGGAGUCAUGUCUAUGAUGAAUGGAUGGACUCAGAUCACCCAGACAUACAUCCAGCAGGCUGGUGUGAAGCGACCAGUCACCCACUGAAAGUUCCCCCACGGGACCCCAAAACACAACAGCCACACGGAGUGAGGGAGCCUCCUGCUAUGGGCCAGUCCACCUACCCCUCCUCUGUUCCUUGCAAACCCAUCAGCCACCCCAGAACCAACAAGUACAGCUUCCACAACAGGAAGUGUCCAACUCCUGGUUGUGAUGGUUCAGGCCACGUGACCGGUCGUUUCACUGCCCAUCACUGCAUAUCCGGCUGCCCACUGGCUGAGCGUAACCAGGGCAGGCUGAAGGCUGACCUGUCAGACUCAGAGUGUAAGAGGAACCUCUUUUUUGGCCAGAGGACCAAGAAGAACCAUUACCGUGGCAGGAUUGGUCGUCCUCCCAAAUACAGGAAGAACCAGCAGAGAGACUACCAGAACAUGUCCUCAGAGGGCGUGUAUCCGUCACUGUUCAUGUCGGCUCUGAGCAGUCAGGCGGACAGGACUCUGUCUCUGUGCUGGGAGCAGCACUGUAAGCUGCUGCCCGGCGUUCAAGGCAUACACGCCAGCCAGGUGGCAGCAUGGAGUGUUGAAGAGGUCUUCAGGUUUGUCCAGAAUCUAAUUGGUUGUGAAGAACAGGCUCGUCUCUUCAAAGAAGAGAUGAUUGAUGGGGAGGCCUUCCUGCUGCUCACUCAGACCGACAUUGUGAAGAUCAUGAGCAUCAAACUUGGCCCCGCCCUCAAAAUCUCCAACGCCAUUCUCAUGUUCAAGAGCACAGAUGAGGGACUCAAGUGAUCUUGCCCUCUUUCACAGGGGUCGUUAAGCCGCCAAUCAUCAUGUGCCAAAUUCAUUCUCUUGCAGGGAAAAGGCCCUGACCCCCUUUUCAUGUGUUUGG